CCGCGCUCUGCUUCAAUGGUAGAGAGCCAAGACGCGUCUAGAAGGACGCUCCAGUCAGAAGGGGAGAGCCUUAGAGCAAACUCAGCCUUCUUCGCUCAUAGGAGACACUAUUCAGUUAUAUUAUAGGUGUGCCUAGUUCCUGCUGCAUUUGUACUCACUGCAACAGAAGAAUCUUUAACUCAGCUCAGCUAUCUUCAGAACCUGGAGACUUUAGGGGCACCCUGAUUAGGGGGCUGAGAGUGAAGAGGUGUAACCGCUAGCGGUCACGUGUGUUGAUACAGGUUACAUAAUACCUGUAGACACUCACAUCUCAACAGUAGAAUAGAGAAGACCUUAAUAUUUUAGCGUGCCAGAAUCCGAGUUUAGAAAUGAGAUUACGGAGUUGUUCUCACCUUCUCCGAGGCCUGGUUUUCCUGACUCUAACAAUACAAACAAAACAGAAGAAAUUAGUUCCGAGUUUGGAGCAUAGUUUGACAGGUCCGGUAGUUCGGAUGGAAGGAGCUGAUGCUCUGUUGACUUGUGUGGUCAGAUCAUUGAACAACUUUACCAUUAUGUGGAAGAAGACAGAGAAGGACAAGGCCGGACCAAAGAUCCUGACUGCUAACGGAGACAGAGUAACCAGUGAUCAGAGGUUUGACGUGCUGCAUGAGGAAGGAGGAGAUGUUUACGUUCUUCUCAUUCAGAAUACAACCAUGAAGGAUGCAGGCUUGUAUAUCUGUGAGGUAAACAGUGAUCCACCUAUCCGAUCCUUUCAUGAACUCUCCUUCCUUUCCAGUAGUCUUCAACCACCAGAGUCAACUCUCACUGCUCCAUCCAAACCUGAAACUAACAGCUCCGAACCUAUUUCUAGUUCUCCAGACUCCUUGUCUGUCUGGGGAUACAGUACUCCACGUCCCAUUCAACAUGAUUAUACGGAUUGCUGUCUGAGUAAGAACGUGAGCACUACCUGUCUUGGCUUCUGUAAUCUAAAAUCCAUCCUUGACGGAGAUACUGGCUCCGAUCCUGUUGAAUGUGAGACAGAUUUUCCUGGAAUUGCCUCCUGUAUGGCGGACGGAAGAGAUCAUAUGCCUUGCUGUACUGAGGCAGGUAUACCAGAUGUAUGUACAGAUCUAUGCAGGGGAGAGUACACGGUGCAGACCGAUAAUAUCAAGACACAUUUCUCCUGUGCAGCUUAUACAGCUCCUACACUGGCCUGUAUUGCAGCGGGUAUAGAUCUGCUGCCUGGUCCGCCCCAGGAUCUGAGUGUAUCUGCUGAAAACGAGACGAGUAUCCGAGUAUCCUGGUCUCUGCCCAGUACAGAUCCCCAACUUACAAAACAAUUCGUUCUUAACGUUACUUAUAUACAGUUUCUUAGUCCAAUCUUCUCUGUGAACGUGGACAGCAGAAUGGCAAGAAAGUUCUAUCCACCCUUCUCCAAAAUACAUCGUCUAUCUCCGAACACAACUUCUUUCGUCCUGACAGAGCUGGAAACCUUCUCCUUGUACGAGGUGUAUAUGUGGACCGAGGGAGUAAACCAGGGGAAAAGUUUACCAACAUAUAAAACCAAGGUUGUGACUCAUAUUGAAGGUGAUAAGGCGGCAGAUUCUCCAACAUUUUCUCCUCAAAUCCCGGAUGUAAAACAAUGUUGUCGGAACAAGAACGUUUCUCAUGAAAGUUGCGUUGAUAUGUUUUGUGAUCCUCACAGUAUGACUGAAGUGACAGUGACAGAUAUGAUGAUCUGUGCUCCCUGGGAUACAGAGAUAUUCAGCUGUUUAGCUGAUGGUAGGGAUCAUACUCCAUGCUGCUCCGCAAGGCAGCUCCCACCCCUGUGCCAGGAACUCUGCUCCGGAAAUGUGACUGACAUAAAUUUCAAGUACUUCCGGUGUAUAUCUUACAUGCACGACCUAUCCAGUUGUCUUCUCGAGGGUUAUGGUGUUCUUCCUUCCAGUCCUGUAAACUUUAGGUUCUCCAACCUUGAUACAAGUUUCGGUAUUCUGCACUGGGAACCCCCAGCAACACUUGGAGAAACCGUGCAGGACUACAUUGUAUCUUAUCAGAUGAUGGAUGAGACUCAGGGAGAAAAAAUAAACUUGAAGCAUGCACAGAGUCCUUUUAUUUUGGAAAAUCUUAGCAGCUCCACUACCUAUGAAGUGUACGUGUCUGCUGUAAAUGAACACGGAGCAGGAGAAGAAUCUUCAAGGAUUGUUUUCCGAACUGCGAGCAGAAAAGUUGAAGAUCUCAAGGAAGUUUCUCAUCCGUACAACGAGUCCCAGUGCUGUAUUAACGCCGGAGUAAAGUCUGAAUGCCAGCCCUUGUGUUCCUACAACGCUAAGAUGUCUGAUAUUGAGGAGCUAGGAGGGUUGUGUGGAGAGGAUAUGAGUAAGGUUAUGAGAUGUUUAGUAGGAGGACGAGAUCAUCUUCCUUGUUGUGAGAGACGAGGAGUUCCUCAGAGUUGUCAGCCUCUCUGCCAGGCAGUUCAUCAGAAAUCAACCGGAGCUGAGUUCACAAAAUGUCUCCCGUUCCUUGGUCAGGUGUUUACCUGCCUCGAGGAGGGAACUAUAAACCUUCCUCCUCCUGUCCGCGGGCUCAGAGCCGUUGAAGUCUCCGACGGAAAGGUCGUCCUCUCCUGGAGGUCGGAUGAUACAGAUUCAACCUUCAACACAACACAUUUCGAGAUUUAUUACAAGAAACUUGACGAUAAUUCAACCGGAGGAACUGUUUUCUCUAGCGACAAUAUGAUAAACUCUACACUUCCUCGUGCAACCAUUGAGAACCUGGAGACUGGAAAAUUCUACAGAUUCUUCGUUGUGGCCAGGAACGAUGAUGGAACCUCCUUACCUUCAUCCCUGGUCAGAUUAAACGUAUCCAAGGAUGCCUGGGACGGAAAGUCCGCCAGAGGAACAAGCUCGCCGCCACACUUGCUGGAGGUUGAGGCGCAUUCCGCCACCUGGCUCCAGUUCACAUGGAACCCGCCUGCUAUCACACAUCCAGAGGAUGUUCUUAAAUACAAGCUUUUCUUCCGUCAAACGAGUGGGAACUCAACCGAGUUUGUAAGCGUAGAGAGUGAUGUAACAACGGUCAAGGUUCAAAACCUAACUCCUAACACUCAAUAUAUCCUCUACACCACCGCGAUCAUCUACAACAACGACUCCGACUACACCUUGACCCGGAGCACCCAGGAGAGUGAACCAAGUGAGACCCUGGUGGCCUGGACAGAUCCUGCGUUCCCAGCCUUUGUCGAGGUGCGGAUAAUUAAAUCGUCCGAAUCGAACAAAUUUUCGAAUUUCGCUCCAACCAUCCAUCCCAUCAACAUGGUAACUGAAGGCAGUUCUAUGACCGUUCUAUGCAUUGCUAUGGGCACACCCCUACCCACGGUAACUCUCUAUAUCAACGGCCACCCUGUCCGUAGUGAUGUUAGCCGUCAUAUGGUGACCGUUGUUCACAACGUGACUCGGGAUAUGGGAGAUGUCUCCUGUUAUGCCGAUAAUGGAUAUGGAACUCCAAUGCAGGCCUCAAGAAAGAUAACAAUAAGCAGACCUCCGACCGUGAAGGCUCCAGCUGAGACUAAUGCUAUUACUGGAGAUGAUCUUGUAAUCAAAUGCAAAGUUGACGCGUUCCCAGCUCCAACCAUUGCUGUGUUUAGAGACAAGGAGUUAAAACAAUCUAUUCAUAGCGGAGAUAGGAUCAGUUUAUCUGCUACUGGAACCUUUGAUGACCCUGCAGGGUUUAUACUAGAGUUGAGGAUAAAGGAUGCAACUCCGGAGGACGGAGGAAAAUAUUACUGUCACGCGAACAAUACAUUAGGAGAGGAUGUUGCUUUUGUUGGAGUUAACGUAUCAGGACUUCCUCCUGCCGUAUACGAUAGAACAGCUUGCUGUAAACAACAAAAUGUUUCAAGUGACUGUCUUGAUAUUUGCUCGUUUUCCAUUGACUUCGAUACAAUGCUCCGUAAGCCCUACUGCCUACCAGAGUUCCAUAAACUGAUGAAAUGUGCCUCCGAUGGCUCCGAUCACAGACACUGUUGUCACUCUAAAGGAGUUCCAAAUGACUGUAUAAACUGGUGUCGGGGACAACCCGUUGAGAAAACUGAGAUCUGUGCUCUCUCCCAAUCCAGAGAGAUUAUUGGAUGUUUCCAUGAGGGGAGCAAGAACCUGCCUAGUCCACCACGAAAUAUCGUUGUUCGCCUGACCAGUAAGAGUUCUGCAAUGGUGUUCUGGGAACCUCCAACUAAGAACCCUGAGACAGUUGAGCUGUACCGUGUGUUCUGGAGACCUCUAGGAUCUAAGGAAACUAUGAAGAAUGAUACGGUGGAAACUAAACUAAGCCUAAAUAACCUAGUUGGAGGAACUACUUAUGAGCUGGUCGUGAAAGCAGGAAACUCCAACGGAACUUCUCAUCUUACCGAACCAUUGAGGUUUGCGACUGCAGACGAGGUCAUUAUUGAAACUUCAAUGCGACGUAGUUCUGGUGCAACCGAAGUCGUUGGAAUCAUAAUCGCUGUUGUAAUUGUCUGCGCUAUUCUUGGUCUUGUUCUUCUUGUUCUAAAGAAGAAGAAUUUCCUCCUUCCACCCAAGAAUCCCAACAGUCCAACAGUAUCCUUUGAGAAUCCUUUCUACAACACCAGAGAAGCACAAUUAUCAUCUCCGGAGGUUGGACAGGAUUCAGGUGUAGAGAUAAGUAGCUCUGGUUCCUGGCAGGGAGAAAUGGAAACACGAAACCCUAGCCCACUUCAAGAUUCAGAAAGUGAUAGAAACCCUUCCCUUUUCUCCGGGAUAAAGUUUGGAAGGAGCGGCCAGGGAUUCCAGAGGUUUACAUAAACGGGUUCAGAGUCAAAUUCAACUCUGUUGUAAAGGACUCUAUAGGAGAAAACCUGUGGAUAGGUUAAAGGAAGAUGGAAGGGUGGGUGUCAAACGUGGGCAUUUUAUUUCAAUUUUUACACCUCUACACACAGGUCAAUGCUAAAAUAAAAAUCAAAUAUUUCAUCACAGAAGAAUUAAAAAUUUUCUUUAAACGAUGUUAAAUUCCUCCAGUCUUAUUAUGAAACCCACGGCACCUCAAACUUCGGUUCAGAUUUCUCUAAAGUCAAACCAAUCUGAACAAAUUCAUCAAAACGAAAAAUUCAACCUGAACAAAAACACAAAUUUUGAAAAAACUCAUUCUACACUUCUUGUAUCAAAUCGUUGAACGUGCUCUGUGAUCGAUUUCUUAUUUAGUUUUUAUUUCCUUUGUACAAAUUUGAAUAAAGUCGAAAUUAGCUAAACUCUGAAAUUAUAAAUGUUUAAAACUUCUUGGAAGAACACUGUUCUGAAAGUAUAUGCUGGUCUGAAAGUACAAUGGUCUGUGAGUACACCAUGGUCUGUGAGUACACCAUGGUCUGUGAGUACACCAUGGUCUGUGAGUACUCCUGAAAGAUUGUACGUUCUAAAAAUAUAUUUACUGUAACUAAAA